UGUUGAGAAAUCUGCUCGCAUCAUGCAAAACCCAACGUUUGUGUUUCUGUCUAUGGCCACCGUCACCGAGAAAGGGAUUGCUGCCGGGAUUGCCACCUUCAUAGCAAAGUACAUCGAGUCACAGUUUAGAACAUCAGCCGGGGAGGCAGCCAUGCUUAUGGGUCUCGUGAGCAUCCCCGGCGCUACCAUCGGAACUCUUUUAGGUGGAUAUCUUGUGAAGAGGUUUGAACUCCAAGUUCGAGGCAUCGUGAAGAUGUGCACCGUACUCACCUUGAUGACGAAGGUUUCAUUGCUGAUGUUUCUUAUCACCUGUGACGAUGUAUCCAUGGUCGGUGUCAAUACAGCUUACCACAAUAGGUAAGAAUUGCUAUAGGAAGCUGUGCUAUGACAUCAAUCUCCGAUGGCGAUGAAUACUAAACAGCAUAAAAUGAUAAUAUCACUAGGGAAAAUAGGAUCCUUCUU